CCCUUUCUCUCCAUUCUGCCUGCGUGCGGGUUCUGCAGCCUCCUUCAUUGUCUCCAGGGCGUCCUGGCAUCCUGGUGCGGAGACGUUGCUGUUCAGGAGCCUACAGCCUGCGAGACUACACUGCCAGCUGCUGAGGGCAGGACCCAGCUGGGGACCGAAGAUGCCAAAACGCGGGAAGAAGAAAGAAGUUGAAGUGGUUCCGGCGGACGAGGUGGUGGCCGAGCCCGAGCCCAAGAAGGCUAAGAAAGGUGGAGCGAAAGCGGAGAAGGCGGCCGAGGGCCCAAUCCUGUACCAAGAUCCACCUGAUAAACUUACCUCUCCCAGCGGCAAGAAAUACACGUUGAAGGUCACUUCCUGGAACGUAGACGGGAUCCGAGCCUGGUUCAAAAAGAAGGGCCUGGAGUGGGUGACCGAGGAGAACCCGGACGUGCUCUGCCUUCAGGAAACCAAGUGUGCAGAAAAACAGCUGCCCCCAGACAUCCGGGACCUGGCGGACUAUCCCCAUAAGUAUUGGGCCUGCUCCGAUGACAAGGAAGGCUACAGCGGCGUGGCGCUGCUCUCCAAGGUCAAGCCCAUCGACGUCACCUAUGGUAUCGGCGAGGAGGAGCAUGACAAGGAAGGCCGGGUGAUCACGGCCGAGUUCCCCUCCUACUUCCUGGUGACGGCCUACGUGCCCAACGCUGGCCGGGGGCUGGUGCGCCUGGAGUACCGCCAGCGCUGGGACGGGGCCUUCCGCUCUUACCUGCAAGGCCUGGCUGCCCGCAAGCCCCUCAUCCUUUGCGGAGAUCUCAACGUGGCGCACCAAGAGAUCGACCUGAAGAACCCCAAGGGGAACAAGAAGAACGCCGGAUUUACGCCGGAGGAGCGGUCCGGCUUCGAGAAGCUGCUGGAAGCCGGGUUUACGGACUCUUUCCGGCAUCUCUACCCUGACACGCCCUACGCCUACACCUUCUGGACCUACAUGAUGAACGCCCGGGCCAAGAACGUGGGCUGGCGGCUCGAUUACUUCGUGGUCUCCCAAAAGCUGCUGGACGGCCUCUGCGAUAGCAAGAUCCGCUCCGCGGCCAUGGGAAGCGACCACUGCCCCAUCACCCUGUACGUGGCUGUGUGAAGCAGCACAGGGAGGCAGUUUUGGGGCAGGUAAAAGAGAGAGGUGACUGUAGAAACUUAAACAUCCCAUUUCUGGCAUAUGCAAAAUUGUGGGAGGGAAAUGGUGGUGGUGUGUGUGUGUGUGUGUGUGUGUGCAUACAGACCCUUGCCUGUAUAGUAGGAGUUUGAAUUUGUGGGGUUUUCUUCUUCUUUGGUGAGGAUGCUAGCCAAGUUGCCAGCUCCUGACCCAGGAGAAUGCUUCUCUUGUCGUUUUCCAAGGACAGUUCUGGGCUAACACAGGUAGUUUUACGUGCUCACCUUUUUCGUUGGCCUGCCUUAGCCAGGCUAAUAAUGGCAGAAAUAGGCGUGUGAACAGACCAAUGUAGGACAAGCCAUUUUCUCUCCCACACUACAGGCCUGUUAAAAAAUAAAACUGUCUCUCCAGUUCAGCAGCUGGCAACUCUGUGCGUGGGAUUCUGAAAAGGGGAAUUGUAGGGAAAACGGGUGCUCCUUCUUUCACCCCUAUCUGCUAAAACUAUUCUCAAACUCCAGUAACUGUUUCUCCUUCAGAAGUUAACCUUCCUUCCCUUUCUGCUUUUUUGAAGGCUAUGGUGCUUCAGGAAGAGGUGAUUAAACUUAGCUCUUUUUUUUAAAUAAAAAACCAAAUUGAAA